GGAGUGCAAGAAGCAGUGCUGGAACUGGUGACUGAGCUAGAGCUGUGGACUGUGGAGCUGGUCCAGAAGGAGUGUUCUGGGCUGAACUGGUUAUACUGGGACCCACUGAGCCUUUUGGUGAAGCCACUCAGCAGAGAGAGAGAAGCGUUUUCUGUGCCUGAUGACCUCAGUCCGGAGGAGCGACAGGAGCUGGAGAGCAUCCGCCGGCGAAAAGAAGAGCUGCUGCAGGACAUACAAAGGCUGAAGGAUGAGAUAGCAGAGGUGACCACUGAGAUUGAAAGCCUGGGUCUGUCUGAAGAGAGGAAAAGUAUGCAGAGGAAUAAACAGAUGGCCAUGGGCCGGAAGAAGUUCAACAUGGAUCCCACGAAGGGGAUUCGCUUCUUGAUCGACAGCUCGCUGCUGAAAAACACCAGCGAUGACAUCGCCCAGUUCCUCUACAAGGGAGAAGGCCUCAAUAAGACGGCCAUCGGAGACUACCUGGGGGAGAGAGACGACUUCAACAUCGAGGUCCUGCACGCCUUCUUGGAUCUGCACGAGUUCACGGAUUUGAACCUGGUUCAGGCCCUCAGGCAGUUCCUGUGGAGCUUCAGGCUGCCCGGCGAGGCUCAGAAGAUCGACCGCAUGAUGGAGGCGUUCGCCCAGCGAUACUGCCACUGCAACCCCGGAGUGUUUCAGAGCACAGAUACCUGUUACAUCUUGUCGUUCGCUGUGAUCAUGUUGAACACCAGUCUGCACAACCCCAACGUGAAGGACAAGCCCUCCGUUCAGAGAUUCACUGCCAUGAACAGAGGAAUCAAUGACGGAGGAGACCUGCCAGAGGAUCUACUCAGGAACCUGUACGACAGCAUCAAGAACGAGCCCUUUAAGAUCCCGGAGGACGACGGGAACGACCUCACGCACACUUUCUUCAACCCCGACAGAGAAGGAUGGCUGCUGAAACUCGGAGGUGGACGGGUGAAGACCUGGAAGAGACGCUGGUUCAUCCUCACAGAUAACUGCCUCUACUACUUUGAAUACACCACCGAUAAGGAGCCCAGAGGGAUUAUUCCACUGGAAAAUCUGAGUAUCAGAGAAGUCGAUGACUCCAAGAAACCGAACUGCUUCGAGCUCUUCAUCCCCAACCACAAAGAUCAGGUGAUCAAGGCCUGCAAGACGGAGGCAGACGGCCGCGUCGUCGAGGGCAACCACACGUUUUACAGAAUCUCAGCCCCGACCGCCGAGGAGAAGGACGAAUGGAUCAACAGCAUCAAAGCCGCCAUCAGCAAAGACCCGUUCUACGAGAUGCUGGCUGCUCGGAAGAAGAAGGUUUCCUCCCUCAAAGGGUUGUAGAGCUGCAGAGGAUGAGGCCUGGAAGCCACGAGCGCAGGCCUGCUGGAGGACCUGAUACGUGAUGCCUGGACCUGCACAGAGGACUCUGCUUUUAAAGAGGCUCCUGUUUUGUUACCUUAUGAACCGACGUACCUUCGAUAUCGACACCUUCUUCUUUACACGUCUGACUUCAUGUCGACACUUUGAUUUCAUUUACAGAUGAAACUAUUCAUCGCCUUUUUGUUUUCCUACAAACAUGACCUUGUGAAAGCGCUGCUCCUGCAGCACGGUAACGAUGCUGUGCUCUCUGGUUAGGACUCCCACUCACCUGGAAAUCUGCUGAAAUGACUGUUAAAACGUGUCUGAUUGCCUUUUUACUCACCCGAUGCUUGUUCUGGUCGAGUACAUCAAGUGUCUAACAGCUACUCCAAACAGUUUCACAGAGAGAGAAGAGAGCAGCUCAUGUUCUCAUCUCCAGCAGAGAAAUGUGGUAAAAUAUAAUAUGAGGUGCGAUCAAAAAGGUCAGACUCGUACCUGAUUUAAAUGUGGCUGCCAUCUGCUUCACAGUAACCUCUUCGAAGUGCCGUGACAGAAACGCGUCGAGCACCAUCUGCAGUCUCUGAAACUGUCAACACGGUGAUCCUCAGACUUUAGCUUUGGUUUAGGGAAGCCUGAGGAGUCACAGGGAGCUAAAUCUAGCAGGGAAGGCGACAACUGUGCUGUUGUGACCAAAAAGUGCAACUGGAGCAGCCACAUACCGUAAUUAAGGUCGUUUGCACCUCAAAACAUAGAAGCAGAACUCAGCCACAUGAACGCUGGAGAAAACAUCACGCUAGCCUUCAGCUCUUCCUGAUGCAUCUCCUCCAGUCUUUGGGAUCGCGGCUCUUCUACGGUCAAAACCCUUUGGCUUCAGAUCUCAUACGAGUCGUUUACAAAGUGUCUGCUGAUACCAUCCAUCAUCUCUACACCUUAAUCCUCACUAGGGUCGUGGGGGGCUGGAGUCUAUCCCAGCU